AGGGUGGCCACUCCGACCUGGAUUUACCGUUCUUGGCCCCCUUAAGCCCCCCCGUGCGGGGGGCGGCUGUGAUCGCUCUGGCGGUUGGAGGUCGGGGAGCGGCCCGGGCUCUGGCCAUGUUCUCGGAUGAGGAUUUCUGGAUCGUCCUGUGAAGAGGUCUCCCCGAGAGGGCUCUGCCCAGUCGGAGAGAGGGAUGGACAGCCUGAAGCCGCCUGGUGAGGAUAAAGAUUCGGAACCAGCAGCUGAUGGACCUGCAGCCUCUGAGGAGUCAGGUGCCACUGAGCCAGACCUUCCCAAACCACAUGUUGGGGAGGUCUCUGUGCCCAGUUCUGGGGGUCCCCAGCUUCAGGAGCCUCCCCAGGACUGCAGCGGGGGUCCGGUGCGGCGUUGUGCUCUCUGUAACUGCGGAGAGCCCAGUCUACAUGGGCAGCGGGAGCUACGGCGCUUUGAGUUGCCAUUUGACUGGCCCCGGUGUCCCGUGGUGUCCCCUGGGGGGAACCCAGGGCCCAAUGAGGGAGCGCUGCCCAGUGAGGACCUAUCACAGAUUGGUUUCCCUGAGGGCCUGACACCUGCCCACCUGGGAGAACCUGGAGGGUCCUGCUGGGCUCACCAUUGGUGCGCUGCGUGGUCGGCAGGCGUAUGGGGGCAGGAGGGCCCAGAACUAUGUGGUGUGGACAAGGCCAUCUUCUCAGGGAUCUCACAGCGCUGCUCCCACUGCACCAGACUUGGUGCCUCCAUCCCUUGCCGCUCGCCUGGAUGUUCACGUCUUUACCACUUCCCCUGUGCAACUGCCAGCGGUUCCUUCUUAUCCAUGAAAACACUGCAGCUGCUAUGCCCAGAGCACAGUGAGGGGGCCGCACAUCUGGAGGAGGCUCGCUGUGCAGUAUGUGAGGGGCCAGGGGAAUUGUGUGACCUGUUCUUCUGUACCAGCUGUGGGCAUCACUAUCACGGGGCCUGUCUGGACACUGCUCUGACUGCCCGCAAGCGUGCUGGCUGGCAGUGCCCUGAAUGCAAAGUGUGCCAAGCUUGCAGGAAACCUGGGAAUGACUCUAAGAUGUUGGUCUGUGAGACGUGUGACAAAGGAUACCAUACCUUCUGCCUGAAACCACCAAUGGAGGAACUGCCUGCUCACUCUUGGAAGUGCAAGGCAUGCCGGGUGUGCCGGGCCUGUGGGACAGGCUCAGCUGAGCUGAAUCCCAACUCUGAGUGGUUUGAGAACUACUCACUCUGUCACCGCUGUCACAAAGUCCCGGGAGGACAGCCUGUCAGUUCUCUUGCUGAGCAGCACGCCCCAGUCUGUAGCAGAUUCUCACCCCCAGAGCCUGGCGCUACCCCCACCGAUGAGCCCAAUACUCCGCACGUUGCGUGCCAAGGGCAGCCGAAGGGUGGACACGUGACCUCUAUGCAACCCAAGGAACCGGGGCCCCUGCAAUGUGAAGCCAAACCACUAGGGAGAGAAGGGGCCCAACUUGAGCCCCAGUUGGAGGCCCCCCUAAAUGAGGAGAUGCCACUGCUGCCCCCACCUGAGGAGUCGCCCCUGUCCCCACCACCUGAGGACUCACCCACGUCCCCGCCGCCUGAGGCAUCGCGCCUGUCCCCACCGCCUGAGGACUCACCCCUCUCUCCACCGCCUGAGGAGUCUCCUCUGUCUCCCCCGCCUGAGUCACCACCCUUCUCUUCCCCAGAGGACUCCCCCCCACAUCCCCCACUUGAUACACCCUUACCCCCACCACCUGAAGCGUCACCCCUGUCCCCACCACUGGAGGAGUCUCCUCUGUCCCCUCCCCCCGAGGAAUUGCCUACUUCCCCACCACCGGAAGCAUCUCGCCUGUCUCCACCACCGGAAGAAUCACCCAUGUCUCCGCCACCUGAAGAGUCACCCAUGUCUCCGCCACCUGAGGCUUCUUGUCUGUUCCCACCAUUUGAGGAGUCGCCCCUGUCCCCUCCACCCGAGGAAUCUCCUCUCUCCCCGCCACCUGAGGCAUCACGCCUAUCCCCACCACCUGAGGACUCACCCAUGUCCCCACCACCUGAAGACUUGCCUAUGUCCCCGCCGCCUGAGGUGUCACGCCUGUCCCCCCCGCCUGAGGAGUCUCCCCUGUCACCACCACCUGAGGAGUCUCCCACAUCCCCUCCACCUGAGGCUUCACGCCUGUCCCCUCCACCUGAGGACUCCCCUACAUCCCCGCCACCUGAAGACCCACCUGCUUCCCCGCCUCCGGAGGACUUGCUCGUGUCCCUGCCGCUGGAGGAGUCACCGCUAUUGCCACUGCCUGAAGAAUUGCGACUCUGCCCCCGGCCCGAGGAGCCACAGCUGUCCCCUCAAGCUGAGAAACCGCGCCUGUCUCCUGCGCCCCAGGAGCCGCGUCUGUCUCCCGCAUCCCAGGAGCCGCAUCUGUCCCCCGCACCCCAGGAGCUGUGCCUGUCUCCCGCACCUGAGGAGCCACGCCUGUCCCCUGCACCCCAGCAGCCGUGCCUGUCCCCUGCGCCCGAGGAGCCACGCCUGUCCCCCGCACCCCAGCAGCCGCACCUGUCCCCCAUGCCCCAACAGCCGCACCUGUCCCCUGCGCCUGAGGAGCCACGCCUGUCCCCCGUGUCCAAGGAGCUGCGUCUGUCCCCUGCACCCCAGGAGCCCCGCCUGUCCCCCGCGCCUCAGGAGCUGCACCUGUCCCCUGUGCCAGAGGAGCCACAUCUAUCGCUUGCAUCCGAGGAACCAUGCCUGUCCCCCCGGCCUGAGGAACCGCGCCUGUCCCCUCGACCUGAGGAGCCACGCCUGUCCCCCCAGCCUGAGGAAUCACACCUGUCCCCUCGACCUGAAGAGCCCACUGAGGAGCCAGGCCUCUGCCCUGCAUCUGAGGAAUUGCCCUUAUUCCUCCCACCCAGGGAGCCACCCUUAUCCCCCAUGCUUGGAGAGCCGGCCCUGUCUGAGCCUGGGGAACCACCUCUGUCCCCUCUGCCUGAGGAGCUGCCGUUGUCCCCAUCUGGGGAGCCAUCUUUGUCACCUCAGCUUAUGCCACCAGAUCCUCUUCCUCCUCCACUUUCACCCAUCAUCACAACUGUGGCACCACCAGCCCUGUCUCCGUUGGGAGAGUUAGAGUACCCCUUUGAUGCCAAAGGGGACAGUGACCCUGAAUCGCCAUUGCCUGCCCCCAUCCUGGAGACACCUAUCAGCCCUCCACCAGAAGCUAACUGCACUGACCCUGAGCCUGUACCCCCUAUGAUCCUUCCCCCGUCCCCAGGCUCCCCCAUGGGACCGGCCUCUCCCAUCCUGAUGGAGCCUCUUCCCCCUCGUUGUUCCCCACUCCUCCAGCAUUCCCUGCCUCCCUCAAGCUCACCUCCUUCCCAGUGCUCUCCUGCCCUGCCACUGUCGGUUCCUUCCCCGCUGAGUCCCAUGGACAAGGCAGUGGAGGUCUCAGAAGAGGCUGAGCCACAGAAGAUGGAGACUGAGAAAGCCCCAGAACCUGAGUGCCCAGCCUUGGAACCCAGCCCUACUAGUCCUCUUCCGUCUCCUCUGGGGAAUCUUUCCUGCCCUGCACCCAGCCCUGCCCCAGCCCUGGAUGACUUCUCUGGCCUGGGGGAAGAUACAGCCCCUCUGGAUGGGACUGACACUCCUGGUUCACAGCCAGAGGCUGGACAGACCCCUGGCAGUUUGGCUAGUGAACUUAAGGGUUCCCCUGUGCUCCUGGACUCUGAGGAGCUGGCCCCUGUGACCCCUAUGGAGGUCUAUGGCCCAGAAUGCAAGCAGGCAGGGCAGGGCUCACCCUGUGAAGAGCAAGAGGAGCCACGUGCACCUGUGGCCCCGACCCCACCUACUCUCAUCAAAUCCGACAUCGUUAAUGAGAUCUCCAAUCUGAGCCAGGGCGAUGCCAGUGCCAGUUUCCCUGGCUCAGAGCCCCUGCUGGGCUCUCCAGACCCCGAGGGGGGUGGCUCCCUGUCCAUGGAGUUGGGGGUAUCUACAGACGUUAGUCCAGCCCGAGAUGAGGGCUCCCUGCGGCUCUGUACCGACUCGCUGCCAGAGACUGAUGACUCGCUAUUGUGUGAUGCUGGGACAGCUAUUGGAGGAGGCAAAGCCGAGGGGGACAAGGGGAGGCGGCGCAGCUCCCCGGCUCGUUCCCGCAUCAAACAGGGUCGCAGCAGUAGUUUCCCAGGGAGACGCCGGCCACGUGGAGGAGCACAUGGAGGACGUGGGAGAGGACGGGCCCGGCUAAAAUCAACUACUUCUUCCAUUGAGACUCUGGUAGUUGCUGAUAUCGAUAGCUCUCCCAGCAAGGAGGAAGAAGACGAUGAUGAUGAUACCAUGCAAAAUACUGUGGUUCUCUUCUCCAACACAGACAAAUUUGUGCUAAUGCAGGACAUGUGUGUGGUGUGUGGCAGCUUUGGCCGGGGGGCAGAGGGCCACCUCCUUGCCUGUUCCCAGUGCUCCCAGUGCUAUCAUCCUUACUGUGUCAACAGCAAGAUCACCAAGGUGAUGCUGCUGAAGGGCUGGCGUUGUGUGGAGUGCAUCGUGUGCGAGGUGUGUGGCCAGGCCUCAGACCCCUCCCGCCUCCUGCUCUGUGAUGACUGUGACAUUAGCUACCACACGUACUGCCUGGACCCCCCACUGCUCACCGUGCCCAAGGGUGGCUGGAAGUGCAAGUGGUGUGUGUCUUGUAUGCAGUGUGGGGCCGCCUCCCCUGGCUUCCACUGUGAAUGGCAGAAUAGUUACACACACUGCGGGCCCUGUGCCAGCCUGGUGACCUGCCCUAUCUGUCAUGCCCCCUACGUGGAGGAGGACCUGCUGAUCCAGUGUCGCCAUUGUGAACGGUGGAUGCAUGCCGGCUGUGAGAGCCUCUUCACAGAGGAUGAUGUGGAGCAGGCAGCUGAUGAGGGCUUCGACUGUGUCUCCUGCCAGCCUUAUGUGGUCAAGCCUGCUGCGCCUGUCGCACCUCCAGAGUUGGUACCUAUGAAGGUGAAAGAGCCUGAGCCCCAGUACUUUCGCUUUGAGGGCGUGUGGCUGACAGAAACGGGCAUGGCGGUGCUGCGUAACCUGACCAUGUCGCCUCUGCACAAACGGCGUCAGAGGCGUGGACGGCCUGGCCUCCCAGGCGAGGCGGGGCUGGAGGGGGCCGAGCCUUCAGAGGUCCUGGGCCCUGAUGACAAGAAGGACGGUGACCUGGACACGGAUGAGCUGCUCAAGGCUGAAGGUAGUGUGGAGCACAUGGAAUGCGAAAUUAAACUGGAGGGUCCUGUCAGCCCUGAUGGAGAACCUGGCAAAGAGGAGACUGAGGAAAGCAAAAAACGCAAACGCAAACCCUAUCGGCCUGGCAUUGGUGGUUUCAUGGUGCGACAGCGGAAAUCCCACACACGUGUGAAAAAAGGGCCUGCUGCACAGGCGGAGGUGUUGAGUGGGGAUGGGCAGCCCGACGAGGGUGAGACGGUGUUGCCUGCCGACCUGCCUGCUGAGGGCUCUGUGGACCAGAGCCUGGCCGACGGGGAUGAGAAGAAGAAGCAGCAGCGGCGAGGGCGCAAGAAGAACAAACUGGAGGACAUGUUCCCUGCUUACCUGCAGGAAGCCUUUUUUGGGAAGGAGCUGCUGGACCUGAGCCGGAAGGCCCUGUUUGCAGUUGGCAUGGGCCGGCCAGGCUUUGGAUUGGGAACCCCCAAAGCCAAGGGGGAUGGAGGCUCAGAGAGGAAGGAGCUUCCGACCUCACAGAAAGGAGAUGAUGGUCCGGAUGUUGCAGAUGAAGAAUCCCGUGGUCCCGAGGGCAAGGCUGAUACACCAGGACCUGAGGACGGCGGCAUAAAGGCAUCCCCCGUGCCCAGUGACCCCGAGAAGCCAGGCACUCCGGGUGAAGGGAUGCUUAGCUCUGACUUAGACAGGAUUCCCACAGAAGAACUGCCUAAGAUGGAAUCCAAGGACCUGCAGCAGCUUUUCAAGGACGUUCUGGGUUCUGAACGAGAACAGCAUCUGGGUUGUGGAACCCCUGGCCUAGACGGCAGCCGGACACCAUUGCAGAGACCCUUUCUUCAAGGUGGACUCCCUUUGGGCAAUCUCCCCUCCAACAGCCCAAUGGACUCUUACCCGGGCCUCUGCCAGUCCCCAUUCCUGGAUUCUAGGGAGCGCGGGGGCUUCUUUAGCCCGGAACCCGGUGAGCCAGACAGCCCCUGGACAGGCUCGGGGGGCACCACGCCCUCCACCCCCACCACCCCCACCACGGAGGGUGAGGGCGACGGGCUCUCCUAUAAUCAGCGGAGUCUUCAGCGCUGGGAGAAGGACGAGGAGUUGGGCCAGCUGUCCACCAUCUCACCUGUGCUGUACGCCAAUAUUAACUUCCCCAGUCUCAAGCAGGAUUACCCAGACUGGUCAAGCCGCUGCAAACAAAUCAUGAAACUCUGGAGAAAAGUUCCAGCUGCUGAUAAAGCCCCCUACCUGCAAAAGGCCAAAGAUAACCGGGCAGCUCACCGCAUCAACAAGGUGCAGAAGCAGGCUGAGAGCCAGAUCAACAAGCAGACCAAGGUGGGCGACAUGGCCCGCAAGACUGACCGACCGGCCCUACACCUCCGCAUUCCCCCCCAGCCAGGGGCCCUGGGCAGUCCACCUCCCGCUGCUGCCCCCACCGUUUUCAUUGGCAGCCCCACUCCCCCCGCCGGCUUGUCUACCUCUGCGGACGGGUUCCUGAAGCCGCCGGCGGGCACAGUGCCCGGCCCCGACUCGCCUGGUGAGCUCUUCCUCAAGCUCCCGCCCCAGGUGCCCGCCCAAGUGCCUUCGCAGGACCCUUUUGGACUGGCCUCUGCCUAUGCUCUGGAGCCCCGCUUCCCCACAGCACCCCCCACCUACCCUCCCUAUGCUAGUCAGACUGGGGGCCCUGCACCGCCCCCGACGCUGGGCGCCUCGUCUCGUCCUGGCACUGGCCAGCCAGGGGAGUUCCACACUACCCCACCUGGCACCCCCCGACACCAGCCCUCCACGCCUGACCCCUUCCUCAAACCCCGCUGCCCCUCCCUGGACAACCUGGCUGUGCCUGAGAGCCCAGGGGUAGGGGGAGGCAAGGCUGCUGAGCCUCUGCUGUCCCCCCUGCCUUUCGGGGAGUCUCGGAAGGCCCUGGAGGUGAAGAAGGAAGAGCUUGGGGGAUCCUCUCCGAGCUAUGGGCCUCCAAACCUGGGCUUUGUUGACUCUCCCUCCUCAGGCCCCCACCUGAGUGGCCUGGAGUUAAAGGCACCUGAUGUCUUCAAAGCCCCCCUGACCCCUCGGGCAUCUCAGGUAGAGCCCCAGAGCCCGGGCUUGGGCCUAAGGCCCCAGGAGCCACCCCCUGCCCAGGCUUUGGCCCCUUCUCCUCCCAGCCACUCGGACAUCUUUCGCCCUGGCCCCUACCCUGACCCCUACGCCCAACCCCCACUGACCCCUCGGCCCCAGCCCCCACCACCUGAGAGCUGCUGUGCUCUGCCUCCCCGCUCACUGCCCUCUGACCCUUUCUCCCGAGUGCCCGCCAGUCCCCAGUCCCAGUCCAGCUCCCAGUCCCCACUGACACCCCGUCCUCUGUCUGCUGAGGCUUUCUGCCCAUCCCCUGUUACCCCUCGCUUCCAAUCCCCUGACCCUUACUCCCGUCCACCCUCGCGUCCCCAGUCCCGGGAUCCAUUUGCCCCAUUGCAUAAGCCCCCCCGCCCCCAGCCCUCUGAAGUUGCCUUCAAGGCUGGGCCUCUAGCCCACACUCCGCUGGGGGCUGGGGGUUUCCCAGCAGCCCUGCCCUCAGGGCCAGCAGGUGAGCUCCAUGCCAAGGUCCCAAGUGUGCAACCCUCCAAUUUUGCCCGGUCCCCUGGGACCAGUGCAUUUGUGGGCACCCCUUCUCCCAUGCGUUUCACUUUCCCUCAGGCAGUCGGGGAGCCUCCCCUAAAGCCCCCUGUCCCUCAGCCUGGUCUCCCUCCACCCCAUGGGAUCAACAGCCAUUUUGGGCCUGGCCCUACCAUGGGCAAGCCUCAAAGCACAAACUACGCAGUAGCCACAGGGAACUUCCACCCAUCGGGCAGCCCUCUGGGACCCAGCAGCGGGUCCACAGGAGAGGGCUAUGGGCUGUCCCCACUACGCCCCCCGUCAGUCCUACCACCACCUGCACCCGAUGGAUCCCUCCCCUACCUGUCCCACGGAGCCUCACAGCGGGCAGGCAUCACCUCUCCAGUUGAGAAACGAGAAGACCCAGGGGCUGGCACGGGCGGCUCUUUGGCGGCACCUGAGCUUUCAGGUACCCAGGACCCAGGCAUGUCUGGCCUCAGUCAGACAGAACUAGAGAAGCAGCGACAGCGCCAGCGACUGCGGGAGCUAUUGAUUCGGCAGCAGAUGCAGCGCAACACCCUUCGGCAGGAGAAGGAGACUGCGGCAGCUGCCGGAGCGGUGGGACCCCCAGGCAACUGGGGUGCUGAGCCUAGUAGCCCUGCAUUUGAGCAGCUGGGUCGAGGCCAGACCCCCUUUGCUGGGACCCAGGACAAGGGCAGCCUUGUGGGGCUGCCCCCGAGCAAGCUGGGUGGCCCCAUCCUGGGGCCAGGGGCUUUCCCCAGUGAAGACCGACUCUCCCGGCCGCCUCCACCAGCCACCCCUUCCUCUAUGGAUGUUAAUAGCCGGCAAUUGGUGGGGGGCUCCCAAGCCUUCUAUCAGCGAGCACCGUAUCCUGGGUCCCUGCCCUUACAGCAGCAGCAGCAGCAGCAACUGUGGCAGCAGCAGCAACAGGCAACAGCAGCAACUUCCAUGCGACUUACCAUGUCUGCGCGCUUUCCUUCAACUCCUGGGCCUGAACUUGGCCGCCAAACCCUAGGUUCCCCUUUGGCUGGAAUUUCCAACCGCCUGCCUGGCCCUGGUGAACCAGUGCCUGGCCCAGCUGGUCCUGCCCAGUUCAUUGAGUUGCGGCACAAUGUACAAAAAGGACUUGGACCGGGGGGUCCUCCAUUUCCCGGUCAGGGCCCUCCACAGAGACCCCGUUUUUACCCUGUAACUGAGGAUUCCCACCGACUGGCCCCCGAAGGGCUUCGUGGCCUAGCAGUCUCAGGCCUUCCUCCACAGAAACCUUCAGCCCCACCAGCCCCUGAACUGAACAACAGCCUCCAUCCAACGCCCCACACCAAAGGUCCCAACCUGCCCACUGGCUUGGAGCUAGUCAGCCGGCCCCCCUCCAGCACUGAGCUUGGCCGCCCCCCUCCUCUGGCCCUGGAAGCUGGAAAACUACCUUGUGAGGAUCCUGAGCUGGAUGAUGACUUUGAUGCCCACAAGGCCUUGGAGGACGAUGAGGAGCUUGCUCACCUGGGCCUGGGUGUGGAUGUGGCCAAGGGAGAUGAUGAGCUGGGCACUCUGGAAAACCUAGAGACCAAUGAUCCCCACCUCGAUGACCUGCUCAAUGGGGAUGAGUUUGACCUGCUGGCCUAUACUGAUCCUGAGCUGGACACGGGGGACAAGAAGGACAUCUUCAACGAGCAUCUGAGGCUGGUGGAGUCAGCCAAUGAAAAGGCUGAACGAGAGGCUCUGUUGCGAGGGGUGGAGCCAGGACCCUUGGGCCCCGAGGAGCGCCCUCCCCCAGCUGCUGAUGCCUCUGAGCCCCGUCUGGCGUCAGGGCUUCCGGAGGUGAAGCCCAAGGUGGAGGAGGUUGGGCGCCACCCUUCCCCUUGCCAGUUUACCAUUACCACCCCCAAGGCAGAGCCAGCACCUGUCACUACUUCCCUAGGCCUGGGGGUAAAGCCAGGUCAGAGUGUGACGGGCAGCCGGGACACUCGAAUGGGCACAGGACCUUUUUCCAGCAGUGGGCACACAGCUGAGAAGGUCCCUUUUGGGACCACAGGAGGACCACCAGCUCACCUGCUGACGCCCAGCCCACUGAGUGGCCCGGGAGGGCCCUCCCUACUGGAAAAGUUUGAGCUAGAGAGUGGGGCCCUGACUUUGCCUGGUGGACAUGCAUCUGGGGAUGAGCUGGACAAGAUGGAGAGCUCACUGGUCGCCAGUGAGUUACCCCUGCUCAUUGAGGACCUGUUGGAACAUGAGAAGAAAGAGCUGCAAAAGAAGCAGCAGCUUUCAGCCCAGCUGCAGCCUGUGCAGCAGCAGCCGCCCCAGCAGCAUUCCCUGCUGUCCACCCCAGGCCCUGCCCAGGCUGUGUCUUUGCCCCAUGAGGGCUCUUCUCCCAGUUUGGCUGGCCCUCAACAGCAGCUUGCCCUGGGACUUGGAGGCUCCCGACAGCCAGGCUUGGCCCAGCCGUUGAUGCCCACCCAGCCACCAGCUCAUGCCCUCCAGCAGCGCCUGGCCCCAUCCAUGGCCAUGGUAUCCAACCAAGGGCAUAUGCUAAGUGGGCAGCAUGGGGGACAGGCAGGCUUGGUGCCCCAGCAGAACCCACAGCCAGUGCUGGGACAGAAGCCCAUGGGUACCAUGCCACCGUCCAUGUGCAUGAAACCACAGCAGCUGGCAAUGCAGCAGCAGUUGGCUAACAGCUUUUUCCCAGAUACAGACCUGGACAAAUUCGCUGCAGAAGAUAUUAUUGAUCCUAUUGCAAAGGCCAAGAUGGUGGCUUUAAAAGGCAUCAAGAAGGUGAUGGCUCAGGGCAGCAUUGGAGUGGCACCUGGUAUGAACAGGCAGCAAGUGUCCCUGCUAGCCCAGAGGCUCUCAGGGGGGCCCGGCAGUGAUCUGCAGAACCACGUGGCAGCUGGGAGUGGCCAGGAGCGGGGUGCCGGUGACCCCUCCCAGCCUCGUCCCAAUCCACCCACUUUUGCCCAGGGAGUGAUCAAUGAGGCUGACCAGCGGCAGUAUGAAGAGUGGCUAUUCCAUACCCAGCAGCUCCUACAAAUGCAACUGAAGGUGCUAGAGGAGCAGAUAGGGGUGCACCGCAAGUCCCGGAAAGCCCUAUGUGCCAAGCAGCGCACUGCCAAGAAGGCCGGCCGGGAGUUCCCUGAGGCUGAUGCUGAGAAGCUGAAGCUGGUUACGGAACAACAGAGCAAGAUCCAGAAACAACUGGACCAGGUCCGGAAGCAGCAGAAGGAGCACACUAACCUCAUGGCAGAAUAUCGGAAUAAGCAGCAGCAGCAGCAACAACAGCAGCAGCAACAGCAGCAGCACUCAGCUGUACUUGCCCUUAGCCCUUCCCAGAGUCCCCGGCUACUCACCAAGCUUCCUGGUCAGCUGCUCCCAGGCCAUGGGCUGCAGCCACCUCAAGGACCCCCGGGGGGGCAAGCUGCAGGUCUUCGCCUGACCCCUGGGGGCAUGGCCCUACCUGGACAGCCUGGUGGCCCCUUCCUCAACACCACCCUGGCCCAACAGCAGCAACAGCAACAUUCUGGUGGAACUGGGGCCCUGGGUGGCCCCUCAGGGGGCUUUUUCCCUGGCAACCUUGCUCUUCGAGGCCUGGGACCUGACUCAAGGCUUUUACAGGAAAGGCAGCUGCAGCUCCAACAGCAGCGCAUGCAGCUGGCCCAGAAACUGCAGCAGCAGCAGCAGCAGCAUCUCCUAGGACAGGUGGCGAUCCAGCAGCAACAGCAACAGGGCCCGGGAGUACAGGCAAACCAGGCUCUGGGUCCCAAGCCCCAGGGCCUUCUGCCUCCCAGCAGCCACCAGGGCCUCUUGGUCCAGCAACUGUCCCCCCAGCCACCCCAGGGGCCCCAGGGCAUGCUGGGCCCUGCCCAGGUGGCAGUGUUGCAGCAGCAGCAACCACACCCUGGAGCUUUGGGCCCCCAGGGCCCUCACAGACAGGUGCUCCUGACCCAGCCACGGGUGCUAAGUUCCCCCCAGAUGGCACAGCAGGGUCAGGGCCUUAUGGGACACCGGCUGGUCACAUCCCAGCAGCAGCAGCAGCAGCAGCAGCAACAGCACCAACAGCAAGGAUCCAUGGCCGGGCUUUCCCAUCUUCAGCAGGGUCUGAUGCCACACAGUGGGCAGCCCAAACUGGGUGCCCAGCCCAUGGCCGCCUUGCAGCAGCAACAGUUGCAGCAGCAGCAGCUACAACAGCAGCAGCAGCAACAACUUCAACAACAGCAACAGCUUCAACAACAACAGCAACAGCUUCAGCAACAGCAGCAGCAACAGCAGCUACAACAACAGCAGCAGCAGCAACAGCAGCUACAACAACAGCAGCAGCAGCAACAGCAGUUACAACAGCAACAGCAGCAACAGCAGUUACAACAGCAGCAGCAGCAACAGCUUCAACAACAGCAGCAACAGCAACAGCUUCAACAACAGCAGCAGCAGCAACAGCUUCAACAGCAACAGCAGCUACAACAGCAGCAGCAGCAACAGCUUCAACAACAGCAGCAACAGCAACAGCUUCAACAACAGCAGCAGCAGCAACAGCUUCAACAGCAACAGCAGCUACAACAGCAGCAGCAGCAACAGCUUCAACAGCAGCAGCAGCAACAGCAACAGCAGCUACAACAGCAGCAACAGCAGUUACAACAGCAGCAGCAGCAACAGCUUCAACAACAGCAGCAGCAACAGCAACUUCAACAACAGCAGCAGAUGGGCCUCUUGAGCCAGAGUCGAACUUUACUGUCUCCUCAACAGCAGCAGCAGCAGCAGCAGCAACAGGUGACACUAGGCCCUGGCAUGCCAGCCAAGCCUCUGCAACACUUUUCUAGCCCUGGAGCCCUGGGCCCAACCCUCAUCUUAACGGGCAAGGAACAAAGCAUCGUAGAGACGGCUCUUCCUUCAGAGGCCAGUGAGGGGCCCUCCACACAUCAGGGAGGGCCCUUACCAAUGGGGACUGGACCAGAGUCCGUGGCCACUGAACCAGGAGAGAUGAAGCCCUCACUGUCUGGGGACUCACAACUCCUGCUUGUCCAGCCCCAGGCCCAGCCUCAGCCCAACUCUCUGCAGCUGCAGCCACCUCUGAGGCUCCCAGGACAACAGCAGCCGCCAGUUAACUUGCUCCACCCAGCAGGCGCGGGAAGCCAUGGGCAACCAGGCAGUGGAUCGUCUGAGGCCUCGUCUGUGCCCCACCUACUGGCCCAAUCCUCUGUUUCCUUAGGGGAACAGCCUGGAUCCGUGACCCAGAACCUUCUGAGCUCCCAACAGCCCCUUGGACUAGAACGGCCCAUGCAAAAUAAUGUAGGGUCGCAGCCUGCCAAGCCAGGAUCUGUCCCGCAGUCUGGGCAGAGUCUGCCAGGGGCUGGGGUCAUGCCUACAGUGGGUCAGCUUCGGGCACAACUCCAAGGAGUCCUGGCCAAAAAUCCACAGCUGCGGCACUUGAGUCCUCAGCAGCAGCAGCAGCUCCAGGCGCUUCUCAUGCAGCGGCAGCUACAGCAGAGUCAGGCAGCACGCCAGGCCCCACCCUACCAGGAGCCUGGGACCCAGCCCUCUCCCCUGCAAGGCCUUCUGGGCCGCCAGCCCCAACUUGGGGGCUUCCCUGGAUCCCAGACAGGCCCUCUUCAGGAGCUAGGGGCCGGGCUUCGACCUCAGGGCCCACCCCGACUCCCUGCCCCACAAGGAGCCUUAUCCACAGGACCAGUUCUUGGCCCUGUCCAUCCCACACCUCCACCAUCCAGCCCCCAAGAGCCAAAGAGACCUUCCUCCCAAUUACCAUCCCCUAGCUCCCAGCUCCCCUCAGAGGCCCAGCUCCCUACCACCCAGCCAGGAACCCCUAAGCCCCAGGGGCCACCCUUGGAGCUUCCUCCUGGGAGGGUCUCACCUGCUGCUGCCCAGCUUGCGGAUACCUUCUUUGGCAAGGGACUGGGACCUUGGGACCCCCCAGACCACCUAGCGGAAGCCCAGAAGCUGGAGCAAAGCAGCCUGGUACCUGGGCAUCUGGACCAGGUGAAUGGGCAGGUGGUACCUGAGCCACCACAUCUCAGCAUCAAGCAGGAGCCUCGGGAAGAGCCGUGUGCCCUGGGAGCCCAGGCGGUGAAGAGGGAGGCCAACGGGGAGCCUGUAGGGGCACCAGGUACCAGCAACCACCUCCUGCUGGCAGGGCCCCGCUCAGAGGCCGGGCAUCUGCUCUUGCAGAAGCUUCUACGAGCAAAGAAUGUGCAACUCGGCACUGGGCGGGGGCCCGAGGGGCUGCGAGCUGAGAUCAACGGGCACAUUGACAGCAAGCUUGCUGGGCUGGAGCAGAAACUGCAGGGUACCCCCAGCACCAAGGAGGAUACAGCAGCAAGGAAGCCUUUGACACCGAAGCCCAAGCGGGUACAGAAGGCAAGCGACAGGUUGGUGAGCUCCCGAAAGAAGCUGCGGAAGGAGGACGGGGUCAGGGCCAGCGAGGCCUUGCUGAAACAGCUGAAACAGGAGCUGUCCCUGCUGCCCCUCACGGAGCCUACCAUCACCGCCAAUUUUAGCCUCUUUGCUCCCUUUGGCAGCGGCUGCCCGAUCAGUGGGCAGUGCCAGCUGAGGGGGGCCUUCGGAAGUGGGGUGCUGCCCACGGGCCCUGACUACUAUUCCCAGCUGCUUACCAAGAAUAACCUGAGUAACCCGCCGACACCACCCUCGUCGCUGCCCCCCACCCCACCCCCAUCGGUGCAGCAGAAGAUGGUUAAUGGCGUCACUCCAUCUGAAGAGCUGGGGGAGCACCCCAAGGAUGCCGCCUCUGCCCGGGAUACUGAAGGGGUGCUGAGGGAUGCUUCAGAAGUGAAAAGUCUAGACCUGCUGGCCGCCUUGCCUACGCCCCCUCACAAUCAAACUGAGGAUGUCAGGAUGGAGAGUGAUGAGGACAGCGAUUCUCCUGACAGCAUCGUGCCAGCUUCAUCCCCUGAGAGCAUCCUGGGGGAGGAGGCCCCCCGUUUCCCUCAGCUGGGCUCAGGCCGGUGGGAGCAGGAUGACGGGGCUCUCUCCCCCGUCAUCCCCAUCAUUCCUCGGGCCAGCAUUCCAGUCUUCCCAGAGAGCAAACCUUAUGGGGUCCUGGAUAUGGAGGCCCCCAGGAAGCUGCCUGCCCCAACUUGGGAAAAGGGCAAAGGAAGUGAGGUGUCAGUCAUGCUGACGGUUUCUGCUGCUGCCGCCAAGAACCUGAAUGGCAUGAUGGUGGCAGUGGCAGAACUGCUGAGCAUGAAGAUCCCCAAUUCCUAUGAGGUGCUGUUCCCAGAGAACCCUGCCCGGGCCGGCAUCGAGCCUAAGAAGGCGGAGGCUGAGGGCCCUGGUGGGAAAGAAAGGAGUCUGGGAGGCAAGAGCCCAGAGUCUGGACCUGAUUGGCUGAAGCAGUUUGAUGCUGUGUUGCCUGGCUAUACACUCAAGAGUCAGUUAGACAUCUUGAGUCUCCUCAAACAGGAGAGCCCUGCCCCAGAGCCCCCCACCCAGCACAGCUACACCUACAACGUCUCCAACCUGGAUGUGCGACAGCUCUCGGCCCCACCUCCUGAAGAACCCUCCCCACCCCCUUCCCCUCUGGCACCUUCUCCUGCCAGCCCCCCUGCUGAACCCUUGGUUGAACUUCCAGCUGAACCCUCAGCUGAGCCACCGAUCCCCUCACCUCUGCCACUGCCCUCGUCCCCUGAAUCUACUCGGCCCAAGCCCCGAGCCCGGCCUCCUGAGGAAGGUGAAGAUUCCCGGCCCCCUCGCCUCAAGAAGUGGAAGGGGGUGCGCUGGAAGCGGCUCCGGCUGCUGCUGACUAUCCAGAAGGGUGGUGUGCGGCAGGAGGAUGAGCGGGAAGUGGCUGAGUUCAUGGAACAGCUUGGCACAGCCUUGCGACCUGACAAGGUGCCUCGAGACAUGCGGCGCUGCUGCUUCUGUCAUGAGGAGGGAGAUGGGGCCACGGAUGGGCCUGCCCGCCUGCUGAACCUGGACUUGGACUUGUGGGUGCACCUCAACUGUGCCCUGUGGUCCACAGAGGUAUAUGAGACCCAGGGCGGGGCGCUGAUGAACGUGGAGGUUGCCCUGCACCGAGGCCUGCUCACCAAGUGCUCCCUGUGCCAGCGCACUGGUGCCACCAGCAGCUGCAAUCGAAUGCGUUGCCCCAACGUCUACCAUUUUGCCUGCGCCAUCCGCGCCAAGUGCAUGUUCUUCAAGGACAAGACCAUGCUGUGUCCGAUGCAUAAGAUCAAGGGGCCCUGUGAGCAGGAGCUGAGCUCUUUUGCUGUCUUCCGGAGGGUCUACAUCGAGCGGGAUGAGGUGAAGCAGAUUGCCAGCAUCAUCCAGCGGGGAGAGCGGCUGCACAUGUUCCGGGUGGGGGGCCUUGUGUUCCACGCCAUUGGACAGCUGCUGCCGCACCAGAUGGCCGACUUCCACAGUGCCACUGCCCUCUAUCCAGUGGGCUACGAGGCCACGCGCAUCUACUGGAGCCUCCGCACUAACAACCGGCGCUGCUGCUACCGCUGCUCCAUCGGCGAGAACAACGGGCGGCCGGAGUUCGUGAUCAAAGUCAUGGAGCAGGGCCUGGAGGACAUGGUCUUCACGGAUGCCUCUCCCCAGGCCGUUUGGAAUCGCAUCAUCGAGCCUGUGGCAGCCAUGAGGAAAGAGGCCGACAUGCUGCGGCUCUUCCCCGAGUACCUGAAAGGCGAGGAGCUCUUCGGGCUGACGGUGCACGCUGUGCUGCGCAUAGCUGAAUCACUGCCUGGAGUGGAAAGCUGUCAAAAUUAUUUAUUCCGCUAUGGACGCCACCCCCUGAUGGAGCUACCGCUCAUGAUCAACCCCACUGGCUGUGCUCGGUCAGAGCCUAAAAUCCUCACACACUACAAACGCGUUUUCACAUCCAUUAUCUCAUUUGAUCCUCACAACAACCUUAUGAGGCCCCACACUCUGAACAGCACCAGCAUGUCCAAGGCAUAUCAGAGCACCUUCACAGGCGAGACCAACACCCCGUACAGCAAGCAGUUUGUGCACUCCAAGUCAUCUCAGUACCGGCGGCUCCGCACUGAGUGGAAGAACAAUGUCUAUCUGGCUCGCUCCCGUAUCCAGGGCCUGGGUCUCUAUGCAGCCAAGGACCUAGAAAAGCACACAAUGGUCAUUGAGUACAUUGGCACCAUCAUUCGCAAUGAGGUGGCCAACCGGCGGGAGAAAAUCUAUGAGGAGCAGAAUCGAGGCAUCUACAUGUUUCGAAUAAACAACGAACAUGUCAUUGAUGCUACGUUGACCGGAGGGCCCGCCAGGUACAUUAACCAUUCUUGUGCCCCUAACUGUGUGGCGGAAGUUGUGACAUUUGACAAGGAGGACAAAAUCAUCAUCAUCUCCAGCCGGCGAAUCCCCAAAGGAGAGGAGCUGACAUAUGACUAUCAGUUUGAUUUUGAGGACGAUCAGCACAAGAUCCCCUGCCACUGUGGAGCCUGGAAUUGUCGGAAGUGGAUGAACUAAGAAGCUUUGAGGCUACCAGGCAGGGGAGCCCCCCCACCCCCAGCCUCUUCCCUGAAAGGGAUGAGGGGGAGGAGAGGUAGCAGCCAGAGCCAGGACCCAGGGCUGGGGCUGCCGGCUGACCGGAGCCCCUGGAGCAGGAGGCUGGGGCAGAGGGCCCUAGGCCAAGCCCACCCUGGGCACCAGGGACGACCCUCUUCCCCGCCACCGGCCCCCAGGCUGGCAUCUCUGCCCCCAGCUCCAGGAGGGGCCAGACAGAAGCAGCCAUUGGGCAUCUCAGGUUUGAGGGGGAUACGGGCCGGGAACUACCCAGAGCAUCUGGGAGGCAGCAGGGAGGGGGGAGGAGGAUGUGUGGCCGGGCCUCACAGCCCUGCUGCUCCCACCGACCUCUCUGGCCCAACUCAAGGCUGCAAAGAGACUUGACUAAGCUUGACAAUCCCAAAGGCCGGGUCCCACACCUGGCCCUGCCUGCCGGGUCCUGCCCCCACCCUCACCCCCAUCCCCUUCCCUCUCGAUCUGUCUCUGUCUCCCUCUUCUCCUCUGUGUUUCUGUCUCUCUAUGGGUUGUGUUUCCUUGUUUUCCACUCUGACAAAUGCAACAUGAAUGGGAAAGAGGCGCCCAGCUGCCCAGGAGGGCAAGCCAGGCAAGCCGGGCAAGGAGACCCCGCACCCACACCUACCUCAUUUAAGUGUUGGAUUUUUUGCUGUUUUGAAAUGUGAGACCCUCUCCAAGCCCCCUACUGCCCCAACCCUCUCCCCCACCUCACUGCCCUCUUCUGAGUGGGUGGAAGGGGGGUAGGAGGAAGAAGAAAAAACAACAACAAAAAAUCCAUCUUUGUUUUUAAUUACGGGCAUGGGAUGGUGGUUGAGGCUAAUGAUGAUGAAGAUUGGGGAUGACUGGCCCCUAGAUGCUCUAGGACUUCCUUCUCCAUCUGGACAUGGGGGCAGGAGGGGUGUGCUCAACUUAGGACCAGAGUAUCUCCCUCCUGUUUUCCCAACCCCAUCAUGAGCCCAUUUGCCCUCCAGCCCCUGGAUGGGGUGGGUGGGUGGUAGGGUGAGGGCUAUCCCUGAGUGGCAUGCCCAUACCCAGUGAGGCAGGGUGUGGCCCGGAGCUCCCACUUUCCCUCAGUCACCAAACUGCUGCUGGUCUGGUGAGAAGGGGUGGUGAUGUGGGGGUGGGGGAGCUUAGUGUCAGCGCGGGGAGGGUGGGGGGUAUUUAUCUAUUUAUACAUGGGAUUGUACAUAGUCUUGUGGGGCAUGGGGGAGCCGGCUGGAGGUGAGAACCCUCCCCUCUCCCCCCACCCCCGGGGAGAGCAAAUGUAAAACUACUAAUUUUUGUGCUUUAUAUAUUCUAUAUAAAUAUAUCUAUUUUCUUUUUACAAAACCAGUUUAUAAAUGGUAGGGGGGUGUGGGGCGGAUACAUGGAGCUCCCCUUGUGGGGGAGCCCCCUCCAUUACCCAACCUACCGCCCUUUUCCUCACCCCCUCCUCCCCACCCCCUGGCCGUGACUGCUGUAAGGUGGGGGUAUAGAGGCUGGGCAAUUCCCACCCCCUUUUGUAUAGUUGGACUAUGUUAUAACGCACAAAAGUGAGCUGGCCCCAGGGGGAGCCAGAGGGUAAUGGGUUCCCCUGCCUCCCUUUCCUUCCCCUUUCUGCCCAAGCUUGUGCUGCAGUUGAACCUCUUCCUGGGGGUAGGGGUAGGUCAGGGGGUGGGUGAGGCCCCAGACCCCUCUCUGGUAGGGAGCCAUGGGGAUGAAGGUGAAGCUUAUAUGCAGUUCUCUCCUAGGGGCUGUGGGCAAAGGGCAUUUUGUAAUUAAUAUUUUCAAGAAUCAAAUGUCUGGAGUGUGGGGGUGGGCUUGGUGGUGGUGUAUGGGUGGGCCUGCUGGAGGGGGAGCACGGUCGCUGUUGUGAUUUUAGGUUUGUUUUUGUUUGUUUUUGAAUUUGGGGGGUUGCGGAUUGAUGGGGGUAGGGAAAUUUUUUUUUUAAGCUGCUUCCUCAACUGUUUCAAGCUGCAAAUGUUUAAGAGAAUAACAUCCCCCACCCCCACAGAAACCACUGUAAUGAAAUCACAGUGGGGAGACUGGGCUUCUGCCCCCAAAGCCAUUGGAUGUUCCUUUUCCAAGAGCAAAAGGUCUAGGUUACAGGGAAGGGGAGAUUGGCUCCUGCGAGUCAGGCUCUGAUUGGGGCUUGGGCCCUGGGAUUGGGAAAAGGGGAUGGGGCAGACUUUGUAAGCAUAUGCUAGGUAUCUGAUAGUCCUGUAGAAUUUAGUGACGAAACCUUAUACAGUUUUUAAUUUUUAUAUAAACUAACUCAGACCCAAGCUACAAGGUUGGAAUUUUGGUUGUUGGUUUUUUUUUUUUUUUUUUUUAAGUACCCCGCCUGUAUAAUUGCAUCAGAAUUCCCUCCCUUCCCCUAGCCCCCCCCCCCCCCCCCAUGUUUGUACUUUGGGUUGGUUUACACUUGCACAUACUCAAUUUUCAGUUUUUUCCCAUUUAUGGUCUUCUCCCCUCACCUCCAGGACCCUCCCCCUUUUUAAAAAAUAAAUCUCUGACAAGUGUGAAUCCCGUGAA